CUGGGCGUGAUGAGGAAGUGGAGCCUUUAAUCCCUGCGCAUUCGCAAUGACACUUCCAGGAAGUUAGCAACGAGCUGACUUGUUUUGUUUUGACAGCGUCUGAGCUUUGCACGACGAUUGGGACUUGACUUUGCAAAAAAAAACCCUUGCAGCCUUUUCUUCUUGUGUGUGUGUGUGUGUGGGAGGGGAUGGCGACCAGGCGGCAGCUGCAGUGCCUAGCCGAGGAGCUGAAAUGCUCCAUUUGCCUGGAGCUGCUGGACGAGCCGGUGGUGCUGGAAUGCGGGCACGAUUUCUGCCGGUCCUGCAUCACCCGGAGCUGGGCAGAGCAGCAGCAGCAGCAGCAGCAGCAGAGCGAGUGGGGCUGCCCGCAGUGCAGAGGCGUCUCGCCGCGGGGGAGUCUACGCAGCAGCCUGUCGCUGGCCAGCCUGUCCCGGAAGGUCAGGGAGCUGGAGCUGCUACCGGAGCCCGGGGAGGUGCACCCGGAGCCGGACUCGGACCCAGACCUUCCCCGAUGCCCGGAGCAUCGGCAGGAGGCACUGAAACUGCUGUGUGAAACCGACGGCCGACUCUGCUGCCUGCUGUGCCGGGACUCCGGGAAACACAGGCACCACCGCUUCCUGCUGCUGAGCGAGGCCGAGCCUGUUUACAAGGGACGACUGAAGUUGUCACUGAACUCAGCUGCCAGAAAGCAACUUCGCGUGCUCAAAGCCAAACUGAUGCAGAAACAGGAGAUUUCCAAAGUUAAGGAACAGUCAAGCAGCCUGCACACCCACGUCACGUCGGAGUUUGCAAAAAUGCAUGAGUUUCUCGCCAGGAAAGAACAAAGUUUACUUGGAGAGCUCAGCAGACAAGAGGAGAGGAUUCUAAGUGCAAUGGAGAAAGCACUCGGUGCAAUCCAACAAGAGCUAGACUGUGUUGAACGAGAGAUAUCAGACCUAGAGGCACGAAUGAACCAAAAAGACACAGUCACAUUUCUGGAGGUGGAAGCAUCUCAGAAGAACAGCUUUGCACAUGAAAAACAUCCUACCCUGCUGUUUGUUGAUGAGGCCCUAUCUCUCGGCGUAUUCAAAGGUCCUUUACAGUACACAGUUUGGAAAGAGAUGAUAGGCUGUAUCAACCCAGCUCCAGCCUCGCUGACCCUGGAUCCGAAGACGGCUAAUCCCUGGCUGGUGGUGGGUGAGGAAGGGACCGGAGUCCGGCUCGGUGACAGAUGGCAGGAUGCCUCCGACAAUCCGGAGAGGUUCGACCAGUGCGUCAGUGUGCUGGCCUCGGAGGGAUUCACGUCAGGCCGCCAUUACUGGGAGGUGGAGGUGGGCGGUAAGACGGAGUGGGACCUGGGGGUGGUGGCGGAGUCUGCUAACAGGAAGGGCGAUAUCACGGCCGCCCCGGAGGACGGGUACUGGAUAAUGUGGCUGGUGAACCAGACUGACUACGUGGCUUGUACCUCUCGCCCGACCCACCUCAAGGUGGCCGGCAAACCCCGGAAGAUCGGAGUAUUCCUGGACUACGAUGGGGGGCAGGUGUCCUUUUACAACGCGGACGACAUGUCCCAUCUCCACACCUUCACCCACACCUUCACGGAAAAACUCUACCCUUACUUCAGCCCAGGGCUGGCCGACAGCGGGGAAAGUGCUGAGGAGCUGAGGAUCUGCCCCGUCAGAGGCCUCUGCUCUGUUUGAAUCCGGCCGAUGGCACCUGCAAACGUGAAGGGAGUGACUCUCGUUGCUCGUUCGCUCCCUCGCGGUGAUUUAUUUUUAACUUGGUGUAAACCUUGCAGGCUCUGAAAAGGAUUGCGGGCUUGUGUUGCAAACUGGGAGUACUUUAUUUGAAUUUAACGCAAUCUCCACUUCAAGCAGCAAUGCCACUUGAUUAUAAACGGCUUGUACAAAUGACACCGAAAUAAACAAGUUCCAAUAUUCCAUGAAACCUCAAUAAAAGGAAUGCUUCCAGGA